AUGGAAGCGAUCAGAUGUGGAGUCCCUGUUUUGGCAUGGCCCAUUAGAUGUGACCAAUAUUACAACGCCAAGUUGGUAGUUAAUUAUCUUAAGGUGGGAUAUGGAGUGGCUGAUGAUUUAUCACAGAUGGUUAAAAAGGAUGAUAUAAUCAAGGGAAUUGAGAGACUGAUGAGUGAUGAAGAAACGCGUUUUAGGAUGGCAGGAAGGAAGUCAAAAUUUGAUCGUGCUUUUCCUGCAAGUUCUGAGUUUGAUUCUAAUCACCGAAGACGUCCAAUAUUAAAGAAUUUCCUCAUCAAUGGAACUAGUUACGACGAUCCUACGGUUAGCCUUCUAAGUUCUGACGCCUAA